CUCUCAUCUCUCAGGACCUGACUUGUUCCUGAUACAAAAAAUUUUGUCUUGAACAGCUUUAUGAUUUUCAAACCCACCCAUCACUUUCUCUCACUAAAUCAAACACACACACUCUCUCUCUAGAGAUUCAAUACCAGGGAUUUUCCUAGUAUCUUGAGAAUUUUUCAAGAAUCAGCUUUGUGGAGAGGGGCCUCGGAAGGUUGGCUUCGAAGUCCAUAAAAUUUAGAUACAACACACAAUGGUAGCUAAGAUCCGGCAAAGUGCCACUGACUCUCCUAAUCCAAAACCAGAGGUUGGAGAGAUUGACACCAGCCCACCUUUUCAGUCUGUUAAAGAUGCUGUCUCUCUAUUUGGUGAAGGUGCUUUCUCUGGGUCUGGUGAAAAACCUAUCCUUAAGAAGGCAAAACCUUAUUCUGCUGAGAGAGUUUUGGCCAAGGAGACACAACUUCAUGUAGCCCAAAAAGAACUGAACAAGUUAAAGGAGCAAGUAAAGAAUGCUGAAACUACCAAGGCUCAAGCCCUUGUGGAGCUUGAAAGGGCCCAAAGGACAGUUGAUGAUCUGACGCAAAAGCUAAAAGUUAUUAGUGAAUCAAGGGAGUUAGCAAUCAAGGCAACAGAAGCUGCCAAGAGUCAGGCUAAACAACUUACAGGAGAAAAGUAUGACGUCCUUGAUGUAACAAAUGGUGCUUGGAAAGAAGAGUUAGAAUCUGCAGUUAAGAGUUAUGCGUCUGUCAUAACAGAACUGGAUGCUGCAAAGCAAGAGCUGAGGAAGAUUCGUCAGGAGCGUGAUUCAUCCUUGGAUGCAAGACUGUCUGCUUUCAACCAAGCAACUGAAGCUGAAGAUGCAAUGAAGGAAAACACAGAAAGAGCAUCUGAGCUGUCUAAAGAAAUUUCAGCUGUAAAGGAGUCAAUUGAGCAAGCAAAGCUUGCAUCUAUUGAAUCACAGCAACAGCAAGCAAUGAUAUUAGCUGAUAAAGAUGUUCUAAGACAAUCAUAUAAAGCUACCCUUGAACAAUCCGAAAAAAACUUGCUCGCUUUAAAGAAGGAAUUCAAUCCUGAGCUCACCAAAAAUCUUGAAGUGCAGCUAGCUGAGACAGUGAAUGAAAUUGGGGUUCUGCAAAAGGAAUUGGAAAAUAAAAGGACGUCAGACUUGGACGUUGUGAAAAGUGUCACUUUUGAGCUUGAUGAUGCUAAGGAGUCACUGCAGAAAGUUGCAGAUGAAGAAAGCUCUCUUAGAAGCUUGGUGGAAACUCUGAAGGUGGAACUAGAGAAUGUAAAGAGAGAACAUUCUGAAUUGAAGGAGAAAGAAUCUGAAACUGAAUCCAUUGUUGGGAAUCUGCAUGUCAAGCUCCGCAAAAGUAAGUCUGAACUUGAAGCUUGUUUGGCAGAAGAAUUUAAAGUUAGAGGUGCAUCUGAGGAAAUGAUCUUGACGCUGAGCCAGCUGACAUCUGAAGCUGAAAAUGCACGGCGGGAAGCAGAAGACAUGGAGAACAAGACAGCAGAAUUGAAGAAGGAAGCUGAAGUUACCAUGCUUGCAUUAGAAGAUGCUGAGAAAAAGCUCCAAGUAGCACUGGAAGAAGCAGAGGCAGCAAAAGCAGCUGAGGCAAGCGCUCUUGACCAGAUUACCGUGUUAACUGAAAGGACUACGGCUGCACGUGCAUCGACGUCUGAACAUGGUGCUAAAAUUGCAAUCUCAAAGGAGGAGUUUGAGUCGCUAAGUCGGAAAGUUGAGGAGUCUGAUAAACUAACUGACAUGAAAGUGGCUGCUGCGAAGGCACAGGUUGAAGCAGUGAAGGCUAGUGAAAAUGAGGCUCUCAAAAGGUUAGAGACUACUCAGAAGGAGAUCGAGGAUAUGAAGACUGCAACACAGGAGGCAUUGAAAAAGGCUGAGAUGGCUGAAGCAGCAAAGAGGGCAGUGGAGAGUGAGCUUCGAAGGUGGCGAGAGCGCGAGCAGAAGAAGGCAGCUGAAGCUGCAUCGCGGAUAUUAGCUGAAACACAGGUGUCAUUAGAAUCAUCUCCUCAGCACUAUAGAAUUCAAAAGCAGAAUCCUCCUCUUACUCAUUCAACAGUGGAGGUGAGGAAGUUAGAAAAAGAGAAGGUUUCAGUUUCAAAGAAAGUUCUGUUGCCUAAUAUUAGUGGUAUCUUCCACAGGAAGAAAAACCAGAUUGAGGGUGGAUCUCCUUCUUAUCUUCCUGGUGAAAAUCCUGUAUGAAGUUUGAAAUUUGUACUAGUUUGUGCAGCUCUUGAAUGUGAGAGAAAACAUUUGGUUUGUGUAGCUGAGAAAUUUGAUCAGAUUUUGUCAUAGUAGUGUCUGUUUGAAGGAAAGGAUUGUGUAGUGUUUAUAGUUUGGUGACAAAUUCGGGGAUGCAUCAUGUAAAUGGAACUCAGGUAGUAAUAUCAAAAUCUAUUGGUAUUUUUCUGUUGAUACUGAGGUUUCAAUGUCUGGUAGUUUCAACUCUUUCA